AUGAACAUUCAGAUAUUUGAAAGAUAUCUGUAUGUGGCACACUACGGAUCACUUCGUUGUGCACUCAGCGAGAAUGGAACGAAUGAGAUGAAUGUAAUAAUAACGCAGUUGAGCAUUAGUCUUCUACGUUAUUCUGAUCUGGUUGCUGCAGAUAAAGUCUUUUAUGAGGCUGGAAUCGCAUGUCAGAAGGAAGGUGGCAGCCGCAUUGGUUUAGCAUUUGUCCUACUGAACCACUGCCUCGACUUGAACGAUGCAAUCGAAGAACAGGAUGCAUCGAUUGUCGAUUCAUCCAUCUUCAGUAACACUGAUAUACCACAAGAAGUUCCUCUACCCGAAACUCCAUUCUUAUCGAAGGAAGAACACGAAGAGAUGAAAGAAUGGGUGUUGGCAAUUUCGGUUGAACAAAAUAUGGAACGACGAUUACCAUUAGAUUCGAAUGGCAGUUUCGAGGGAAGUCUACUGAAAUCGAAUGGUAUCACGUAUAAGCCGUGCAUCAUAACAGGUUAUGCAGUUUGCGGCGAUGCGAAAGAAUUCGGUUCAUCGGGUAGAGUUGCGAAUCGAGAUGAGUGGAAUAAAUUCAUUAUGGCACAAAAAACAAAACCGACCGAAAAUAUGAGCGAUGUACAAAAAUUUAUUGCAAAAUGGACGAAAACACCGAUUUCUUUAUCUCUUUAG